AUGAGAGAAUACCGAGCUAGGAUGAAUGGAGAGAAACGGGAGGAAAUGCAAAAGAAGAACAGCGAGCAGCAGAAGAACUCCAGAGUAAAGUGGGAUAAAAAUAGAAUUAACAAAGAAAAGAUUGAAAGUAGAUUAAGAAUGAGAAAAUCAAGACUCCUAAGAAAAGAAAGAGUAGAAGGAAUUGCACAAUCACCAGAAAAAGCAUUUGGGUCUGCUCAAUCAUUCGGAAAAGCAGUUAGGAGAGUUGGCAAAGCUCUACCAAACAGCCCAAGAAAACAACUGGCAGUGGUAAAGAAAUUAGCCGUGAAGUUUAAUCUACCUACAAAACUUUCUACAUCUACACAACAGAAGGUUUUAUCUUCAGAUGAUAAAACAAUUGUUAAUUAUUACAAGAGUGACAGUAUUUCCAGGCAAAUGCCAGGCAUGAAAGAUUAUGUGACAGUUAGGCAUAAUGGGGAGAAGGAACGAGUUCAGAAAAAGCCUCUAAUGGAGGCUUUUCGUCUAUUCAAACAGGAGAAUCCUUCGAUCAAAGUACAAAAAUCUAAAUUUGCCAAUCUUAGACCAAAGGAAGUGCUUCCAAUUUCAGAGAAGGAUCACACAGUUUGUUGUUGUAUUUACCAUGAGAAUUUUGAUAUGUUGAUAGCAGGUAUAAGUAAACAUGUACCAAAUUUACCCAGCAGCGAAGGUGUUCUUGAAAAAGCAGCAUGUAGAUUCGAGAAAGAUUGUUAUUUUGGAGAUUGUACAAGUUGCUGUAAUAUGGAUGAUGUUGUUGAAGACCUUUUAGAGAAUUGUAUUAUACCUGAAGAAAUAUCUGAUGAGUGCUGGGUUGAUGACAAGAAGAUACAAAUUUCAAAAUCAAAAGAAAAUGCUAAAGUAGAGUUGGUUAACCAGAUUGUAAUUAUGAAGAAGCAUGUGUAUAUUGCAAAGAUUCAGCUAAGAGCAAUAAAAGAAUUGAAGACCAAACUAGAUGUUACUGAAGGGAUAUUACAGGAGGACUUUGCUGAGAAUUUCAAUAUUAAAUACCAGAAUGAAAUUAUGACCGCACAUUGGAGUUCUAAUGGUGUAACAUUAUUUACUGCGGUUUUCAACAGCAAAGAUGGAUAUUCCUCUCAUGUUAUGGUAAGCAAUGACCUUCACCAUGAUAAGUACUCUGUCGCUACUUUUAAUAGAAUCAUUGCUAAUGAGAUGCUAGAGAAGCAUCCAGAAAUUGAGAAGAUACAUAUAUUUUCAGAUGGAGCUGGAAGCCAGUUCAAAAACAAAUAUACCUUGGUCAACAUGUUAAGAGCUGAUGCAAUUCAUGAAAAUAUCAAGUCUAUUGACUGGAGUUUCUUUGGUACUGCUCAUGGUAAAGGCCCAGUUGAUGGUGUAGGUGGUACUGUAAAACGUGCUGUUUGGAGAAGAAUUCUGCAAAACCGGGUAUUAGUGAACUCUGCUGAAGAUUUUGCCAAUGUUGCCAAAGAAUGCUGUCCACAUAUAAAUGUUACAUUUGUUGACAAAGAUCACAUUGCUGCUAUGAAGAAGGAGAUGGGUGAUUUCUGGAUAGAAAACUCACCACAACCAAUCCCAAACAUACGCAAAUGUCAUUAUUUCAAACGUAUAUCAAGCUCACAAAUGGUGGUUGGUGAUGUUAGUCCAUUCACAGAUGGUACUGUAGUCAAUCAGUCACUAGUCACUAUUUAUGGAUCAAAUGUAAAUCCUGUUGAUGUACCAAAACCAAAUUCAAUCGUGAUGAAUGUUGCCAGAGUCUCACUUAAUAUUCAACUUGAGACCUAUUAUGCUGUUGACUAUGUGGACAGAUUUUACAUAGGUCGGGUUUUAAGUCCGGGAACAAAACAAGGAUUCUGGAAAAUGAAAUUUUUCCACAAAUAUCUGGAAGAUGGUGUUCCACAUUUUAUUUGGCCGAAGACAGAUGACAUAGAAGAAGUUCACACCUCGAUCAUAUUCUGGGGUCCUGUAACACUAAAUGGUUGUAUUGACUUUACAUUGCCAAAACAUGAAUUAAAGAGAAUAAAUGAAUGUUUUGUUGGAUUACCAAAAUGA